GUUUUGAAUUGCCUUCUGUCAUAGCAGUAAACACAUGGUGCGCAAACUGCCUGCCCAUACGUGCAGUGAGAAACAGUACUUUCCAAAUAUACUUACCGCUAUGGAUAGUUUGCUUGCAACUUUGAAACAUCCUAACGCUCCUGAACCUUCGGGGCGCUUCUAUGCACUGCUGCUUAAAUCCGAACUAAAAGCCUUGCUGGAGUCGGAUACCUUCACCGAGGUACUCAUCGGCGAAGAACUCCAAACUGGUGCUUCAAACGAGGAUUUACUCCACCUGGCCAUUGGGAGCUUGAUCGCAUUUUUACAGUACAAUUUCCUCGGUCCACGCGCAAAGGACGAUCAACGAGAAGCGAGCGUUGAAACCUCCAACCACCGGGCACAGCUGAAGUCUGACGGAGAGGAACUGAAUGUAAAUGUUGUGCGUGCCGAUUGUUUGCUAGUGUGCAAGAAGAUAUUUGAACGGUUGAUCAAUCUCGACGAGCAAGGACUGCGGUUGCGGCUCUGGUAUCAACGGUAUUUGCUCGUUCAUCAGCGCUGCAUCGAUGAUCUCACGCACGAUCUGUACGAACGGUUCAAUGGAAACGUGGCCAUGCUCGUAGCUACCCUCGAGGAUGUAGACAGGGCGCUGAAGAUUGAAAUUUACCUAGAGAUUCUGUUGGGAUUUGUUCAAUUCAAGCGCAUUACCAAAUCGGAACAGUGGUUGGAGAAGCUUGAAUCCCUCUCGAAUGUGGCACUGUCCGUGGAGGGAGCAUUGGGAGUGCGUACCAAGUUUCAGCAGAACCCACUGCCCCAGCUGACACUCCGGCUGCAAGGUGUGAGCGAGCUGGAACUGCCCGAUGCCACACAAACGCACGGCAGCUUCCAACUGCCGGCCAUCCUGAAGCUGGAAGAUGAGGUGCGUUUGGAGAAGGUAAAGUUUGUGAACGAGCAAGAGAACGAAGAUCUUCAGUUGCCCGCUUUGGUGCAGAAUAUGGUGCUUGCAAAGUUGUACUUUCUGUACGUGUCCCAGCCAAGAGAACAGCUGACGUUGGAAGAGAUACAACCCUACAUUACUUCGCUCGUCUAUCAACGGUUCGGACCUUGGGCAACGCGCGUGGCCGCACUCUUCCUGAACGCCACCAUUGAAGCCACGCACAAGCGUACGGUCGAUCGUUCGCUGCGACAAAUGGAGGACCUGAUACAGCAGUUCGAUGCAUCCUCCGGCGAAACCGCAUCAUCGACCCCGGUUGCGGAUCGUCUGCCAAUGGUGUUUAGCUCGUGGCUCAUCUCCUACUGGCAGAUGAAGGAAAAGCUGGCCGACGUGAUGGUUAGUCUCGGCAUGGUAAAGGGUGCUCUCGACAUCUACCAGGAGGUGCAGAGCUGGGAGAACGUGAUCGAGUGUCACACGGUGCUGGAGAUGCGGCAUCUCGCUGCUGCCGUCAUAAAGGAGUUGAUAGAACGGAACGGGCCCACGGUGCGGUUGUACUGCAUGCUGGGAGAUGCCACGGACGAUGUGGAAUGCUAUCAACAGGCCUGGGAGCUAUCGAAAGAAACGAGCGCCAGUGCCCAGCGCCACUGGGGCAACUACUACUUUGUGCGCAAAGACUAUACGGCAGCGAUCGGGCAUCUGCGUCGCUCGAUUGAGAUCAACUGUUUGCAGGAACGGACCCUGCUACGGCUAGGCUAUGCGGCGCUUGAACUAGAGCGCUGGGAAGAGGCAGCCUAUGCAUACCGGCUGUACACGUCGUUCGAAAGCCACGGCUUCGAGCCGUGGAACAAUCUCGCGAAAGCGUACAUCAUGCUGGGGGAAAAGCCCCGGGCACAUAAAGUGCUGCAGGAAGCGCUCAAGUGUAACUUCAGCAACUGGAAGGUUUGGGAAAACUAUCUGCUCGUCUGUAUCGAUACGAAGAAUUUUGUGGACGCGCUGAACGCUUACGAACGGUUGCUGGAGCUGAAGGAACGCUACUACGACAAGCAGGUGCUGGAAAUUAUUGUACGCGCGAUCGUGCUGGGAGAGCAGGAUGCCGAUGGAACCGCUUGCAGUCGCCUGAAGAAGAAAGCGAUCACCAUGCUUGGCCAUGCCUGUGCCCAACAGCCCACCAAUGGGUAUCUGUACGAGCUGGCAGCAGAGCUGGAGGAUACGGACUUGUUGAAGCGUUGCCAAAAGCUUCAAAACGCUUACCGCGGCUAUACGCAGUCCAAUAGUCAGUGGGCUAAAACGCCGGACAGCUGUUCCACCGUGGUAAACCUUUGCGUGGAACUGUGCGAGCGUAGCUUGAAAGCGUUCGUCGAUGGGAAAAGCGAGGAAGCUCGGUUCGUGGCACUACGAUCGCAACUGUCGUCCGCCCGGCUAACCGGACAGGCCUGCCUACGCUCGGCUAACACUGAAGCUUGGCCGAUUUGUGUAGAACCGUUGGGCGCGCUUCAAAGCUUGGUAGAUAAUAUUACGACCGAAUUGAAGCAAGCGAUGGGUCAAUAAAAGAGAACGGGUUUUUUCCAUUUUCGCGAAACGAACAGCUAAAUAUAUUUUUUCUUUAUGAUUUAUCCUCUA